AUGGAUUUGCCUUUGACCGGCUCAGGUCUCGGACCGGCGGGUGGUGAUUUGGGCAGUCGGAAUACACGUAUUAAAUUUUACUGCAACGAGAUCCUUAAUCGGACCCAAGGAUCGGGGGCCAUAUCUGUCUUGGAAUUUAACAAAGAAGGUACGCACCUUGCCUACGGAAAUUCCGACGGAAUUUUAAGCAUCCUCGAGCUGGGCCAAAGUAAAUCGGACAUUGGUUUUUCUACUCACGCGUGUUCAAAGCCUUACCAGUCUUUCUUGAGUCAUGAACCUGAAUUCGACUGUCUUAAGUCUCAAGCGAUUGAGGAAAAGCUUACUUUUAUUCGGUGGGUCAACUGUUGCGGACCUUCCCAUUUUCUUCUUUCUGCAAACGAACGAACCAUAAAACUCUGGAGGGUAGCAGAAGUUCCUCUUCGAGAGAUGGAUAAUUUGAACUUUCCAACAGAAUCUGGUUCCCGCAAAAAGGUCGCUAUACGUUCCAACUCAGAUAUCAAGGUACCUCGAUGGAAGUCUCUGCCGACGGAGAAUAAAGUCGUUAGAGUUUACAAUAAGAAGGUUUAUGCCAGGGGUCAUGGCUUUUCUUUGACAGGAUUAGCCCUUUCUCUUGAUCAACAAACGUUUCUGUCGUCGGAUCCGCUGCGGAUAAACCUUUGGCACUAUGAUGUUGACUACGAGGCGUUCACCAUCGUUGACCUGAUGCCUGAUCGCAUCGAGGAUAUCACGCAUCUUAUCACGAGUUUGGCGUCAUCACCCUCCUCGCCGUCAUUGUUUGCCUAUAGUACCAAUCGUGGUUCCAUACGGGUCUGCGACACUCGUAACACCGCACUUUGCGAUAAACCUGCGUUGGCCAUCGACAACCUUCCGGCUUCCGAGCAAAACGUCAUUGUUAUUCUCCUUAGUUCCAUUGCCGAUUUGAAGUUUCUUAACAAUUCGGAUCGAUUUAUAGUUUCUCGGGACUUUAUGUCGGUCAAAGUUUGGGAUUUGGCAAAUACAACGGCCCCUGCUGAGGUCUACCCAGUACAGUCACAUCUGCGGCCGUAUUUGAGCAGUAUCUAUGAGACUGAAUUGCUCUUUGAUGAUUUUAAACUCUCCCUCUCCUCAGACGAUAGGUUUGUAAUUACGGGGUCCUAUCAGUCGGAUAUACGCAUAGUCGACAGAUUGUUGGGUGCUUCCGGUAUUUACAAUGUUAAGAUGGAACCGGAUGAUUCUCAUCUCUAUUCGGGUUUUUAUGGUCAUUCUCCCGAUGGAACAGCACCGGACUCGGCCACAGCCCCUUGGCCGCGUCCUCUGAGUGCAGAUAUAUCAAAUGAGCCCACGGAAUCUGAGGCCAUUAGUAUUGCCGGAAGAUCUAGGGAUCUGCCCAUUACUUCGGUUUUCUCACCUGCCUCUGUGAAGAAGUGGAUCAGCGUGUCGUGGUGUCCUGGCUCUCUGGUUGUCGCUGCCUGCCAUGCUGAUGCUAUUCACAUAAUCGAAGGUAUGAAUGAGGAUGCCGCCAAUGUCCACGGUGACGGAAGUGGAGGUGGAGGUGGUAGUGGUGACGGAGUUGUUUGA